GAGAACAGGGCGCUCCCCCUUCCCCUGUCUCCCGGGUCUCUCGAGGAGCCCAGGAAGGAGGCUCGGCUAGUGUCGCCGGGCCAGGGGCUGCUGGGACCCGGCUGCGGCAAUCGUUAGCGGGUCAUGUCGGCCGCCCAGGGCUGGGACAGGAACCGCCGGCGGGGAGGAGGUGCCGCUGGCAGUGGCGGCGGCGGCGGCGGCGGAGGUAGCGGGGCCGGCGGGGGCAGUGGGGGCAGUGGGGGUCGGGGGACUGGCCAGCUCAACCGCUUCGUGCAACUCUCCGGGCGGCCGCACCUGCCAGGUAAGAAGAAAAUACGAUGGGACCCAGUUAGGAGGCGCUUCAUUCAGUCCUGUCCCAUCAUAAGGAUCCCUAACAGGUUUUUGAGAGGCCACAGACCUCCACCAGCACGAAGUGGACAUCGUUGUGUGGCAGAUAAUACCAACCUCUAUGUGUUUGGAGGUUAUAACCCAGAUUAUGAUGAAUCUGGAGGGCCAGAUAAUGAAGACUAUCCUCUCUUCAGGGAGCUUUGGAGGUAUCAUUUUGCUACAGGAGUAUGGCACCAGAUGGGCACAGAUGGCUACAUGCCCCGGGAAUUGGCAUCUAUGUCACUUGUGCUGCAUGGAAACAACCUGUUGGUGUUUGGAGGUACAGGCAUCCCGUUCGGUGAGAGCAACGGCAAUGACGUCCAUGUGUGUAAUGUGAAGUAUAAGAGAUGGGCUUUACUCAGCUGUCGGGGGAAGAAACCCAGCCGUAUAUAUGGACAGGCCAUGGCGAUCAUCAAUGGCUCCCUCUAUGUUUUUGGAGGGACAACUGGCUACAUUUACAGCACAGAUCUGCACAAACUAGAUCUCAACACGAGAGAGUGGACACAACUGAAACCAAACAACCUGUCCUGUGAUCUGCCAGAAGAGAGAUACAGACAUGAAAUUGCACAUGAUGGGCAGAGGAUUUACAUCUUGGGAGGUGGUACUUCCUGGACAGCUUAUUCCUUAAACAAGAUCCAUGCCUACAACCUUGAAACGAACGCAUGGGAGGAAAUUGCCACAAAACCCCAUGAAAAAAUAGGAUUUCCUGCAGCCCGAAGAUGUCACAGUUGUGUUCAAAUAAAAAAUGAUGUGUUUAUUUGUGGGGGCUAUAACGGAGAAGUGAUCCUGGGAGAUAUCUGGAAGUUGAAUCUGCAGACCUUUCAGUGGGUGAAGCUCCCGGCUACCAUGCCCGAGCCAGUUUAUUUUCACUGUGCAGCUGUUACACCGGCUGGUUGCAUGUACAUCCAUGGAGGAGUGGUAAACAUCCAUGAAAACAAACGGACUGGGUCAUUGUUUAAGAUCUGGCUGGUGGUACCUAGCCUGCUGGAACUGGCAUGGGAGAAGCUGCUUGCGGCCUUCCCUAAUCUAGCAAACCUCUCCCGAACACAGCUUCUGCACCUUGGACUCACACAGGGACUCAUCGAGCGCUUGAAAUGAGGAUUUCUGGACUGUUCAUUGAUACUGGAAAUGUUAAUUUAAAGAGACUCCUUUAUUUAUGGGCAGUGUAGAAUGUGCUACAAAGAGGAUUGGUUACCCUGAUCAAGGCCUUAUUCAGAAAAUACAUCAGAUGCCUUUCUGUACAUUGGUUUUAAGUUUAUGGAAAUCUCACUUUCCCUUGUGCUUCUUUCUUUGCUUCUCUCCCUCCUGCCCCAACACACACACACACACACACACAUUCACAUACUCCCUCUUCCUUGAUGGAGUUGAGGGAAAGUCUGAAGGUACCUUAAUAAUGUUGUGAAUCAAGAUAGGAUAAUUUUUUAAAGGAACGCUGAAACUAUGACCAUGUUAGCCAAUGCUCUACAAAUUAAAGAAGCAUCAUUGACAAAAAAAAAUAAAAUUUUUAAAUAUUUAAGUCUAGCCACAACAAUGAGAAGUUUCAGGAUAGAACAAGAAGGCUAACCUUGAGAAUCGUGCGGGUUAUAUGCAAACCUAGAUGUUUAACUUACUGUUUUCCAAGAUGCUGCUAAUUGAGUAGCUGGGUCUGGUGGCAGCACUGGUUGACGUCUUGCUGCAUAGAUACCCAAACCCAUCCUUUGACUUUGGAGGAAAGUCAAGCAGUUCAGCAACUCUUGAUUAGUGAUUUCUUUUCUCAUCCUUAUGGUGCCAGCAGUGGUUAGAUUUGGCUCGUCACAAGGCUUAAGUGUGUGUUGUAGUUGUGUGGUUUAUUGUGGCUCUUAGAAAUUAUGGCACCAAGAACGUUUUGAAUCAAGGAGUUUAUGGUGGUCAAAGUUCUUUGUUGUGGGCAGUUUCAAAAUUCUUCUGUGCUUAUUCCUGGUUUCAAGUAUCUCUUUGACUUCUUCAUGGGAGGACUUGUAGACCCUAAAGGUGUGGCAUAAAUGCCAUGGGACAUAAAGAAGCUUGUAAGAGGCCAGAGAAGAGCAGGGCAGGGAGGGCCUCGGCACCAGACUGUGAGGCCCAAUGGUCAUAUUGGUCACUUCCUUUUCACAGCUGUUUCUUUUUUGACACUGGGCCACACAACUGCCAUUUUCUCAGGCAACAGGUUUUAUCUCUGGAAAGCCAACUGGUCCUUGAUUUUUCCCUUAGUUUAUUGUCUCCUUUUUUUUGUCUGCUUUUAAUAUGCAUGGUGCUGUGAGUAAUUGUCUAGUUAUUGGAUAAAAGGUCUUGGUGAGGUGGGGGAAGCCAUAAGUCAUCCUUCCCGAUGAGCUAAGUAUCAUUUUAAAAACUAGCAUGAGGAAGGAAUGAAACUGAGGAUCAUUAGUUUUUUGGUGUGAAGUUUUAGUUCUGAGUUUUUUUUGUUUUGUAUUUUAACUCUAAGAAAGGAGUGACCUAAAUUUUCACUUCUUUGCCAUCAGGCUGCUAGAUAGUUGAGCAAGUCACUGAGAUGUGAGCAUUUGGCAGUCCUCAGGUGUUCGCCAGGUGCUGCAGGAGUACGAGAAGGCACAGUGCUGAUCAUCCCAUCGGUCACCUCACGACAGGAGGCUCAGAUGGGAGAUUUGGGACACAUUUUUUCCUUUAAGUGCCUCUUUUCCACUUAGCUUUUAAAGUUACUCUUCUUUUUUCCUUCAUCCCAGAAGGGAUCUCUUUAGUUCUUGUGUGGAUUUAAAAUCACUUUUGAGUUGUGGCUAAAGUUACCAUCCAUUGUUGAGUUCCGGAGAAGAGAAAACUGUGGUCUCUAGACUUGGACUUUUAACUUCCAUGCCUUAUUAGAACAUCCCACCCAUGUUGGGUUGAGUUCAUGGUGCCCAUAGUCUGCAAGGUCUUAGAAUACCACUCUCCUGUGAGUUUGGGUCCUUUUGGGGGGACUGAGGGGUAAGGUCCAGAGGAGGAGAAGGAGCAACUCCUCUAGAGGACCCCCCCCCCCGCCAUCUUGCCAUGACCAAGUCUGUUUGACAUUUAGCCUCUUACCACCCACUGCUUAGCUUACUCCAGUGAGGAGCUCUCUCCAGAGCAAGUCAGUUUGAGCAGCGCCAUGAGUUCAAGACCAGGCUUUGCUGCAUGACUCCAGACUGGUCUCUGGAUAUUUGGUGGAAUAUAUCCAGUUCAAUAAGCUGUGCUGUCUAGGGUGGUAAAAGGAUUUUUGUCAUGGAUUUAUAUAGGGACCAAAGCCUGAAUGCUCAGCCUCUGUCCUUAUCUUCCCAUGCUCCUCGGGAAAUAAGCAGAUCUCUAGCCUUGCUACACUGGAGAGCUGGAAAGAGAGUCUAGUUCAAUCCACACUUGCUAGCAAAAAAGGAUUUAAGCCUUCUGAGGGCAGUCUUCUUUGAAGUAGACUUUUGGAGGCCUGACAUCCAAGACCUUGUAUGUGAUGUUUUUAUAAAAGUACAUAUCCUUGGUCUAAAGUGUCUUCUUUUAAUAUAAUACUAGUGAAAAGGAUGUGGUGUGACCAGCUCAAAGUGCUAUAGAACCGCACAUAUGCACAUGUUCCGGAUGCCAAAUAAGACUGUGUGGAUGAUGACUUAAAUGUACAUGACUAGAAUUUUAUAUAGGGGGUCCCCAGCCGUUUAGUAUACCUGUAACCAGCGCCCUGAAUUCCUGACACUGUUACUUGGUUCAGGAAAGUUUAUGCCUGCUGCUUCUCUGCCUCUUUGAGGCGCUCCCUGCCAUCUUGCUGCAGUCCUGUAAGUUGAAGUGCAAUAUAUAGAAACACAUAUGAAUAUAUAAAGAUUAUAUAUAGGGUGUAACUACAAAGCAGGUAGACUACUUUUUUUCUUUUUUUUUCUUUUUUAAUCUGCCUUGGGGAAGCCAGCUCAUUGCUUUAGAGUCAGCUUGUAUCAAGAAUGUGAGAUGUGAUCAGCUAGCAUAAACCAGCUCUUGGUCAGUCUGGAUCUUCAAGUCUGUGUUUUCUUACUCCAACUCUUAAAGACUUUUUAUUCCUUGGGCUCGUCAGAGUUGAGACUUUUCCCCAGUCAUCUUUGUACUAUCUCAUGUAUGUGUAUCUUCCUACAUUUCUUUGCCCACAAAAAGAGAAGUCUACCUGUAAGGAAUUUCCUAAAUGGAGAAUUAAAACCUAAUAUUUAAUACUAUCAGUUCUCCCAUGUAUAUACUAAUUUAUCUGUGAACAUAUGUUAUUAAAUGAAGACAAUGAUGCUUUCUUCAUUUAAUAAAAUAUUUUCCACAUUCUGGAAAAUCUAUAAACCAAUAUAGAGUAGAUGGAAAUUUUAACUGUUCUUCAGGGGCCAAACUGAAAUCCUUUCCACUGGCAGAAUUUUUUUUCAGCGCCCUAGUGACUUGGUGUAAAAAUUUGCUCUAAAUUAUUCAUUUCCACUACAUAGAUAGAUUUAAACGUAUAAUAAUAAACGUUAACUUUUCUAAGCAAAAGGUUUAUUAACAGUGACCUUUGGUUACCCAGGGUAGCUAGGGUAAAGCACAGAUAAUUGAAAUUCAUAAUUAAUCAGUGUUUCAACUUUUUUAUCAAACAAUUGAUUCAUUUAUAUUCUUCCUCCCUAGCCCUCUCCCACAAGCACCUCCUUUUUAGUGGAGUGGGGCUAAUAAGUAGUUAGAAAUGAAAAAGAAUCACGGAGGGCUAGAAACCAGCAAGCAUAUAAGCAGCCCUAUUAGCUGUAAUUGUCAAUUUGAUGACAGCUGUUGAACGCUGGAAUUAGGACCCACGGGUGGUAAUCCUGAGUCGAGAUGUUAACUCUUCACUCCUCUGCUUCGGCGUAGUGUUCCUGCCCUGAGUUCGAGGCUGUCUCUCCUCUAACCACCAAAGAGCUCUCUGCGCCUAUGGGAGGAAGCAGCUACUGGGUGUGAAGCAGAGGAAAUCCCUUCAUUUGAACACAUUUCUUUGGCUCCUGACAAAUACUUGCAUUUCCUCUGUUCUUGCAGGAGCCUUAUUUUCCCUUUGGAAAUACCCUUUCCAGCCAUAUAGCUUGGCAUGUAGGAAAGGUUGAAUUAUCCUGGAAGUCUGUGUUGGUCUUCAUUCUGUAAAAGCGGUUUGUUUUUACGUGGUCUUACAGAUGUUUAGAAAGUGGCACCGUUAUUCAUUUGUCUAGCUGCCAGCACUCUGAUGUAGCACAAAAAGCCAUUUCCUUCUCUUCAUUGUUCUGGCAUUGAGCUCCAGGACGGAUGAGGGUUUAUGGUCCGUGGUCAUGAGCUCCCCAGACUGGUCUCUGUUAGCUUCAAGUGCUUUGGUUCCUCAGAUUCCUCGGGGCCCCUGGAGUGUUGGCAGCGCCUGAGGCGGGCUCGGCAGGGCUCCGUACUCUCCGUGUGUGUUGUGCAGAUUGUGCCGGCGAUGGCGUUUCCCUUCCGAGGUCACUGGAUUUGCCAGAAAGUGACCUCUUCCCUUACCUGGGGUUAAAAAGAAGUUCUGAGGUGUUCUUCAAAAAUGGUACCAUCUUUUUAGUCUAAUUUUCAUGAUUUUAUCUUUUUUUUUUUUUCACUUGCUAGAAGUUUUUUAAAGGCCCUGCUCAGUCAGUGUACAGGGUGAGUCAGAGGCAGGUUCACCAAGGUGUAGUAAUUGCUGUUUUACUAGUUGCACAUUUAGAAUACAAAGGAGGCAUCAGAAACACACUGACUUUCUCCAGAGCCACUUCCUUGUACACAGAGUCUGAGCAGGGACAGCGCCAGGCAUCUCCCUGUAAAGGCACCUGCCGACGAGCAUUUGACUGGAAGAACCUAGGCAAGAAAGGGAAACCUGUCAUGCAGUCUCUGAGGGCAGGCCUGGGCUUAGCUCUCUGUACAGGGUGCGCUUAGGCCACACACGAUGCUUGCCUUACUUUUCAAGCUAUUUGCCACAGUCCUGUUCAAUAGUGUGGAAGUCCUUUUGCAGUCCGGUGUG